AUGAUUACACGAUCCAUUGUGUUUCUACUUAAGGGAAGCAGCGAAAGUGGCUAUUCGUUUGAGGCACUGGGCACAUGCAUAAGUCCCACGGCUACCACAGGAUACAUCAAUGUUCAAAUUGUAAAAUUGCUUAAAAACAGUGCAACAUUGGCAGACAGACUUCAGCCCCUGAUGGAAGGCCACACCGUAGCUUGGCCACAAAAUUUAGUUGCCUUGUACAAGACAUCUGAAGAAACAGCUCAGAAUGCUAACAAUUCAAAAGGUGCCUUUGCUUUUACACAUUCAGUUAGUAAUUUACAAAAGAAAUUUAAUAUUUUGUAAAAAUGUACUAGAAAACUUAAUUUUAAAUUUUGCCUUAUUUUAAUUUAUUAGUGACUUUAUCGCCAUUUAUCGUUCUUUCAAAAUUGAAAACAUGAUCACCGGUAAUAAGUUCAGACUUUAGCCUAGAUGAACAGAGCUCUAUAUUCAUUUUUAUGUUCAUUAACAGGACUCUAGAAAAUUAACUUGAAUUCCCACAUGUCCUUUGGGCGAGGAGCUCUCACAUUCUGCUUGGGACACUUUUUGCUUAUCUUGCUUACCUUAAUGAUGUUGUUAGAGGAUGACUUGUCUGGAUCCUUGCCAAAACAGGACUUUUUUCAAGCCCUGCAUUAGGGAGGCAGGUAACCAUAAUCUCCAUAACCACAUUUAAGUCUUGAACAAAAAGGGAAUAAAUUUGUAAUGGCAAUGAACAAUCUUUAUUGUUAGCAUUUAAUAAAAUCACUUCUUUUCAUGCAGAACAGAACAAUGUUGUUAACCCUGCAAAGGAUGACCACCUGAAGAACUAUGCUCUUUGGAUUAUUCAAAUGGGAAUGAUGCUAUCGCAAAUGAAUGAUACAGAAAAGGAAGGGGAUGGGGAGAGAGCUAUCAUCAAAAGCAAAGUGCUCUUAUUGAUGUUUAGGUCAACUGUCAGAAGUAAGAAAUAUGAGUUUGAGAUGCUACGGCUGAUAAGCAAAGUAAAGUGCCAGUUCACCCAGAAAAUGGCUGAAAAAACCAUCCAUGGACGUUUUGUCAACUGGAAAGGUACUUGAUGUUAGGGGUGAAGAGAGACAUAGUAUUAUUUGGAUCUCUGAGAGGACAGCUAACAAUUUGCAAAGCCACCACUAGCUUUCCUGUGAAAUAAAUUCUAAUAAAUAUCAAUGAAGAGUGAAAUUCCCUACAGGUCAUGUGUCAAUACCCAGAUUUGGGUAGUGCUAGCAAAAUGGUCAUACUGAAAGGGAAAUUUGCUUCAGCAAAUCAGAACCGCCACUCAGAUCUGGGUAUUGAAACAUCAUCUGAUCAGUAUGGAAUUUUGGUGUUAACCCCUUAGGUGACAAAUUACUUACUCCUUAAUUUUGGCGCGAAAUUUCAGCGUUGAUUUAUAAUUUCACAUAUGAAAUUACAAAAUUGCCAUGGCAACAUUCUGUACCAUGCUUCACAUAUUAUAGAAACCAUAAGGUCCACUCUCGACUUCAGAAACUAGCUCAUACUGAAUAAUAACUUUCACAAUUAGCUAUGAGGGCUGCAAUCCAGUUAUGAUGAUGAUAAUAACAAUAAUAAUAAUACUAUUAGAAACACAGUGUCAUGGACUGAACACUCAUAAUAAUAACAAUACCCUAAAUCCUCUAUCAAGCCACCCUGGAGAAGGAGGGGAUCGAGGGGGGUAUUUAAUUUUUUAAUUUAGAAAAAAGGAUGGUAUCUGCAGUUCUGCCAUGAGGCAUGCACCAUAAUAACCGUGAUAAUAUUAAUAUGUAAACACACAUGUACAUCAGCAGUCACUUAAAUUUCAAUUAUUUGGCAGCUCCAUCUAUGGAAUGUUCCAUGCUGAUAACCCUUAUAAAACUGAUAAUUGAAAAUCGGAUUGACUUCACUUUUGAUAAUUGUUUGCCCCGAGGUGGUGAAGGCAACAAUGUCGCAAAUGACCUCAAAGAAGAACAUUUUGUGCAAUUUGACAAAAAACUACUGAAGGGAAUGGUUGCGCAGAAAACUUUAAAGGCUGUAGAACGGUCAACUUCUGCUAGUACUAGUCUAAGGAAAAUCAUUGAAAAUUUUGAUGAAAAGACAGGGGUGCAUCCGCCAUCAACUGCUCACACCUACCAGAAUGCAGAGAAAGACCAAAAAGAGAUGAUUGCAACAGUUUGUGGCCUGAAGCCCUUUCAAGAAGUACCUGGUAGAUGCCAUUCAUCGUUUCCACAUAUGCCAAGAAGUCCUUUUGACCUGGUUGAUAUUAGAAUACUGGAACAGUGGUUGACAACCAGUAAGCAGAAGUUGAGCAAGGACCCCGACACACCCUGG